AUGCAACGACCAAAAGUUUUUUUUAAAAUUGCUAUUAACGGACAACCUCAAGGUGUUGUUGUUUUUGAGCUUUUUUCUGAUAUUGUACCAAAAACAGCAGAAAACUUCCGACAAUUAUGUACAGGUACUCAAGGCUUUGGCUUUCGAGGUUGUCCAUUUCAUCGAAUUAUUCCUCAAUUUAUGAUUCAAGGCGGUGAUUUUGAUUUACGUGAUGGGACAGGAGGUCGAAGUAUCUAUGGUGAAAAAUUUCCUGAUGAAAAUUUUCGUUUAAAACAUGAAGUUCCAUUUUUAUUAUCAAUGGCAAAUUCAGGACCAAAUACAAAUGGUUCACAAUUUUUUAUUACUGUUGCUCCGACGCCAUGGCUUGAUGGUAAACAUGUUAUAUUUGGACGUGUUCUUCAAGGACAAGAUAUUGUUAAAAAAAUGGAAAGUGUUGGUACAGAUGAAGGUACACCACGAGCUAAUGUUGUUAUAGCAGAUUGUGGUCAAGUAUAA